ACCCAAAGCGCUCGUCCUGCCAAUCAAACUCCUUCUCCUGAGCAUGCCGAGGAGGAACCAGAAAUCAGGGGCUCCCCAGAAGCCAGCCCGUCCAUGCACAGGACGAUCUCAGAUGAGCCGAGGACGACUAGCUCCUCUAACCCCACUAGUGGCUCAGAGGAGCCGUCAACCACUUCGUCUGAAAUAAGACGGCGGCUAGGUCCCCUUUCUGACCCUAGGUUUAUCCUGGCCGAUAACACUUGGCUGGGACGAUUAGGCUCGGACCUUAUACCUUUUUCAGUGGCUAUGCCCAUGCCCGGCUACCACUUUGUCCUUCCCGGCCGAGAGGACACUAUUUUCAGUGCUCCUCCCGGCCACUUUGCAGUUUAUCGGUUGGCAUUAGAUGCCGGCCUGCGCUUUCCCCUUCACCCUUUCAUCAGCCAACUUCUUCAUUACUACGGCAUAGGACAUAAUCAGCUUGCCCCUAACUCUUGGCAAAACAUCCUUACCUUUCUGGCCGUCUGCAACUUAAAGGGAAAGGACCCUUCUCUGGCCGCUUUUACCCAUAUUCACUAUGUUGCCAAGGUCCCUAGGACCAUUGAAGGAAGCUGGCUGAGCGUGUGCAAUCGUCAAGGAUUCUUGACGUCUUGGGAUAAGACUUCCAAGAUGCACUCAUGGAAGGGCGAGUUCCUCUUUGUCCAGGCGCCCAGCAAAGCGGUGGCAAACCGCCUUCGGUAUUUUAGCCGGUCAACCACAAACACUGGACGGAUGGCCUCAUAUCUGGAACUGGAGAGUAACUCUGCCGAAGAGAUGGUGGAGUACUUCCGGAUUUCGGAAUAUACUAUGGAAGAUGUUUCUUUCAAGGGUCCGUCCAAUUGGAUUCCCUUUAAGGAAAUGUUUUACCAUGAUAACUUCCUAGUCGCUGCCGGCUUGCGGCAGGACGAGGACAGAGGUAUAUCAACUAAGAAUCUUCUAAGUAAAAAUUUCUAGACUUGCUUAUCAUUCGUCCAACACUCGUUUCAUUCCCUUUUGCAGAUUCAGCCAGGAGCAAACUAAGGAAGUCUUGGAUAGGAGACAUGAGCUCAUCCAGAUUUGCGGACACUCUAUGGAAGGAGUACAAUAAAUCAGGUGCCGAAAAGAGGGCCGACACUCUGGUAAGAUAUUGUAUAUAUAUAUUUAUUUUUUUUUUUUGAGCUUGCCGGUCUGCUUCUUUGGAGGGUAACCCGUCAAGAUGGAGCCUGGACGACUUGUCUAUCCAAGGAGCAAUUCGUUCAGAGGAGUACUGGACGAGCUAUCUUUUUAAGAAACAACUCGUCUAGGUGGAUUCCUUGACGGCUUGCCUCUUCGGGGGGCAGUCCGUCUAGAAUCGCAUUGGACGAGCUACUCACCUGAGGAGCAACCCGUCCUGGUUGAUACCUUGACGGUUUGCCUCUUCGGGGGGCAGUCCGUCUAGAAUAGCGUUGGACGAGCUGCUCACCUGAGGAGCAACCCGUCCUGGUUGAUACCUUCACGUAUAUUCUAAUCUUUUUUCUUUUUCAGAAAAAUGCCCCAACCUCUAAGGCUUUGGCCGAAAAAGCCGCAGGAAAGAAACGGCCGGCCGGUACCAGUGAAGCCCCUCCCUCAAAAAAGGCAAAGGGCUUUACUGCUAAGAAGAAGAAGACCACACGGCCGGUUCCUUAGGUCGUGAUCGACCUACCGGCCAAGGAGGAGGCCAAAGAAGAGCCGGCUGAAGUUGACUCCCGGGCCCUCGUGGCCUAUACUGGUCCGGCCGAGCAGCCCACUCCUUCGCAGCCUGACGAGGUUGUCGUGUUGGACGAUGCUGGACAAUCUUCUCAGCCGGACGCGGCUGUGGACGGGUCCGCCUUCUCUGGGCCAGUGGCCCAACUGGUAGGCCAGAUGCCGGCUGCUUAUAGGACGGCUUCCCGUUCUUCUGAUAAAGGGAAGGGUCCAGCUGUUGACGGCUCCCCUAGCCUCUUGACGAUGAAUCUUCUCCAGCUUUUGGAAAGAUGUCGUCGUCUGAACGUGAGAAGCUCAAGACGGAGCUGUUCAAGUGCUUUCCCGAACCUUAUAUUAAGGGGUUAAGGGGAGCAUCGUCUGGGCAUGUAGGUUACAUGUCUCAGCUUGCUGCCGAGCUUUUUGCUCGCAGCAUGAUAACAGAAGACUGGGCAAAGGAGCUCAGAAAAGAAAACAAAAAGCUCGUCCAAGAUGUGACGGCGGCCGCUGAUCAUGCCCAGUUUGCUAUGGCCCAGCAAGAGGUGUUGCAUCAGCAGACCAAGAUUGCGCUGGAAAAACGAUCAGCCGAGCUGGAGUCUCAGAUCAAAGUCUACCUUCUUCGGUUGACGGAGAUGAUAGACGAACGGGCCUCAUUGGAACGUGUUCUGACGGACGAGAAGAAUUCAGUCAUGACGAUGGCUGCUGAUUUCUUCAAGGAGAACCUCGUCCUGAAGGUCAAGAACCAAGCCCUUCGUACUGAGGUUGCAGAGACCGUUGCUGGCGCCAAAGAGGCUAUGAACACCGUCAUAGACACCUCAAAGGAAUGGGCAGUGCAAGCUUUUGGCAUGAUGGCCGAAGAGGAGGAUAUCCCCAGAUAUACUCGUCGGCUGGAGUUCCAAGAGGCUUUGCAUAAGGCGACUAUAUCCGGAGCCGACCCUCCCGUCUUUGAAGAAUCUUCUGAGGAUGAAGAGGGGGAGGACGAUGCAGAGGCCCAGGAUGAAGAGGACAAUGAUCCUCCUGCCGCUUAGUUCCUUUGUUGUAUCUUGGCCGUGAGCCACUUGUAAUUUUUCCUCCUUUUGUACUUAGAUGAAUUUAGGUUGUAAUCAUCUUUUUUACAUUUAUGAAAAGCUAUCUUUUUCAA